AUGGAAAUUAGUAGGCUGUGAUUUUUUUUCUCGACAGAAAGUUCGUGAAAAAAGGAGAAAGUGAAUCUUUGCCACGUGUGAUAAAUUCCAGAGAGAGAGAGAGAGAGAGAAAGAGAGCAUGGAGAGAGAGAGAGAGAGAGAGAGAGAGUCACCCUGGUGUAAAGCAGAUCGUAUUUCAGAACAGAAACGUUUGUGAUGUUCAUUGAAUCAUUUCCUCAUUGAAUCAUAUGAAAGUUACAGUAAAACGAACCUGCGGGUCUUUAACGCAGAGACAGAAAAACUGUUCGUUGAUGUCGAAACAUUUACUUUACUACUGCGUUUUUUCUGCGCAGGCGGCCCCGCCUCUUCGCCCCUGUUGCUAUAGUAACGUGACAACACCGCAGCGACGGACCGGGCUGAGGGACCCGGUUACACCCGAGUUAUUUACCCUGUUUUUAGCGCUGUGUGGUCGGUGUGUUGUCGGUUAGUUUGCGGUGUGUUGUCGGUGAGUUGUCGGUCUGCGGGUGAUGGACAGACCCAGGUACUUCACUCCUGCCGAGGUGGCCGCUCACAACACCGUCGCCGAUCUGUGGGUGUCGUUUCUGGGCAAAGUGUGCGACCUGACCCCGCUGAUGAGCCGGUACAAAGGUGACGCUCUGCUCCUGCCCAUCAUGGAGAGUGCAGGACAGGACAUCAGCUGCUGGUUCGACCCUCAAACCAAAGACGUCCUGAAGUAUGUGGACCCACUCACCAACUGUGUGAGGUACUACACCCCCAGGGGGCGCUUCGUGCACGUCCCCCCCGCCUGCCCUCGCUCCGACUGGGACAGCGACGUCGGUCAGCCCUGGUGGAGGGACCAGCGCUACGAGGUGGGGCUGCUGACGGCGAAAACCAGGUGGAUACGAGUCGUCAACACGCUGACGUCGCAGGAGCAGCGCCUGCAGGUGUGUUCAGAGGAGACUCUGGCUGAGAUCCUGCAGCGUUACCUGCGCUACAACUCCCACGCCCGCAGCUACACCUGGAAACACGGCGGAGCGAGCCUGGACAUGAGCAGGACGCUCAGCGAGAACCACGUCCCCGACGACGACCACCAGCUCGAGCAGCUGCGGCUCGACAGAGACCUCUUCACCCCCGCCAUCCUCCUCCACUUCAACGACGACCUCACCGAGGCAUGACCUCUGACAUCAGCAGGCCACGAGGUCACCGAGGUCGCCGAGCUUUAAAGAGCAACACGAGGGUCAUAAGCAGUUCAAUAAAUGACUUUGAGGCAUCCUCUGCUGUUUCACUGUGAUUCUUACUGAUCACUGAUCAUUGAUCACUGAUCAUUGAUCACCUGUUGUGUGAAACAUAAACCCAACACAUCACAAACGAAUCAACACUCAAAGUCCUUCAUGUGUCAGUGUCUCCUGGAGCUUCGUGAGAUCAAUGAGACGAUGAAUGAUCGUUUUCUCCUGGCCGUUUACUGAAGUGGUGAUUGUUCACUUUUUCCUGUUUGUGCUGUGAGCUCAGGAACACCGUGUUUCAAAAUGGCCGACGUGACUCAAACACAUCAUGAAGCAGGAAGUCACAGAGUGAAGAGCAUCACACACAACAGGAAGUCUUUACUGUUGGAGGGAAGGAUUUCUGGGGAGUUUUCAGAUGAGUGCAGUGCAUGCUGGGAACUAUGUUAAUGUCAGAGUUUUACAGUGUUGUCCCUGCAGACAGUCCACAGCUUUCACUGGAACCACAGUCCUGAGUCCUGACUGGUCUGAGGGUCGGAGGGUGUGGACAGGUGGAGAUGGUGCAGGUCGGGUCUGUGUUGUCAGGUUCCCACAGGGCAGGCGGCUGGUUUGAGGAAGUGUGGACUGACGGUCGGUUUCCCUCCGGAAAACCAGUGUGUGAGAAUAAAGGGGAAGUUCCUCUGAAUCAGUGAGAGCUGAGCGUCUCAGAAACGUUAUGAAAUAUUCAACUGCAUCCAGUGUUUCUGAUGACUGGACAGUUUUAUAACGAGUGUUAGAUGAUGGGCGGAGGAAGGAGGAGAAGAAAACCAGAACAAACCAGAGUCUGUUGUUUGUGGAGGACUCUGACAGAAGGCCAGUCUCCGGUCCAGACCUGCUCCUGACUUCAACACGUGAGGAAACCGUUCUCCUUCAGACAGACAGACAGACAGACAGGUGGACAGACAGACAGACAGACAGACAGACAGACAGACGGACGUCUCCAUCAUGGAUCAUGACGGCCGCGCCCUCUGGGUCAAAGACCCCCCCGCUCUCUCUCUCUCAGGUCUCUCCAGGUUCAGACGUUGGCUGUUUCCUGCUCUGACCGCUGUGGUCGUCCUGGUUCUGAUCAUAGCACUGGGAGCUACCAAUGCGAACACGUCGAGUCGUCUAUGGUCAGCGGAGCAGAGUGUUUCCAACUUGAGUGACAUCAUCCAGUCCCUGAACGCCUCACUGCAGCAAGCUCAC